AGAGAGAGAGAGAGAGAGAGAGAGAGAGAGAGAGAGAGAGAGAGGGACGAAAGUUUUAGCAGCAUCUUUCCCAUCCAUGAAAACCUAGAAUCUCGAUUUUCGCGAAAACAAGUGAACAAAAGACUAAGAAAAGAUUAACGGAGAAAAAAAGUUAUUUACUGGGCUGGAAAGGAGAUGAAGCGGAGGAGGAAAGUAAACAGGGAGAGGAGAGGAGGGAAAGGGAUAAAGGAGAGGAAACAUUAGAUGAUAUGAAAGCUCGCCUUUGUUCAAGUGUAGUUUAUCAUCGUGAACCGUAAAGUUUUUUCCUCCUGAAGGUGAAAGAGGCGAGCGGCAACUCUAUAGUGGCAGCACCAAGAUGCUGCAAGGAAUGUGGCAAAAACUGGGGCACUGGAAGUAGUUUACCGCCGCUUCCAAUGGAACAGAAGGAGAAUCGUUACUCUCGCGCAGUGCUGCCGUGUGCUCGCGCUGAAAAUACGAUUCAACAUGGCGUAGACAAGGACGAAAGGAUAUAAAUCAUGGCGCACUGAAGACCGGCGCCUCUAAGAGAGAAAAGGAAGGUACCGGGUGUUCAGGUCAUCAUCAUGCUAUCCAAAGUAUUCCGGCUGGAAAAGAAAAGCCGAGAUGAUCGGGCGACGUCCCCGCGACCCGCCUCUUCUGGAGACAAACGGCCCAACUACGUCCCGCUUCAACAGGCCACCCUCCUGCAGGGCAAAAAGCGGACCACAGUGCAGCACGACGCCCAGGCGGAGGCAAUGGAACAGGAGCUUGACCUGCUGGAGCUGGUGUGUCGCAGUGACAGCUUGCACCGCCGCCUGGACGAACUGCAGGCCAAAUACGAGAAGAUGGACGACGGGAUGGAGAGUUUGACAGUGCAGCGCGAGGUGACGGUGGGCCAGGACAUCCCGGCGAAGAGGCUUGUUGGAUUCAGGGUCUCUAGAUCCUUCGAAGAACCUGAAUGCAAGAAACCCAACUUUCUUCAGAGAAUCUUUGGGCACCGUCUCUCCAAAAGCAAGGAUGACCUCCUCAAUCUGGAUCCUCCGCGCUUCUCAGCUUUAGACACACGUCCUCUGCAGCGCACCCACUUGGCGCCCCCGCAGUUGCCAAUGCGGGAACGACGCUCCGCAAGUGAGGAUAUGCUCUCCUAUAUAGAGCGGAGGCCGGAGAAGAGACAAACAUGGGGCUCCGAAGUGUGGGAACGGAACACACCGAAGUUUCAGUGCCCGGCACCACCUCCGCCACCGCCGCCUCCACCCGCCUUGGAAGAAGACAUGCCAAAGGUUGGCGCUCUCAAGCGGAAACGCGUCAUAAGGAUCCAUAAACUCCACGCAAUGCCCAGAAUAUCUACGAUGGGAUCCACCGAGUCAUGCAGUGACUCCACUGACUCAGACAGAGAAGGGCGGGGACGAGGCAGCGGUAGUUAUGGCAAGAUGCGUGAAGCUUUUUCUGGAAACCAUCUGGACUCUCGCUCCGCCCCGAGGUGGGGAUCUGCCUCGGGAAGUCCUGGUGAUAACACCAUCAGGUCAAAAAGUGCUGAUGGGGCGGUCCGGGCCCCUGAGAAAGAUACAGAAAUCUGGAAAUAUGAUCCUGUGCUUGCUGGGAUGAAGCGUACUCCUGGCGAGGGAAGGGAGGCGGCGCCCAACCUGGCACUGCAGAGGCGACGAGAGGCCUUCGCCAAGGACAAAAGAAAUACUGAAGUGAUAGAGCCUUGUGAGCGACCGAUUCGAAAAGCUACUCGUGCGACAUCCUUUGAAGAGUGUCUGGGAGUGAGAGAGGGACCCGUGAGGCGGUGCCCCGCCAGAAUCAGUGAACAUGAGGAGCAGCUGUGCGUGACCCUUUCCUCCCAGGCGUCCCCGGGGAGCGAACAAAAGAUCAAAUCUAUUCUCAAGAACUCCGAGCGGUUUGAAGGAGAAAAGCCUGAGAGGCCCAAGACGGAUCCGCCGACUGCCCUCACAAGGAGUGACAGUUCCAAGGAGGUGCUGCUCACGCACACACCUGACCUCGUGCGGCGCCACCAGCGAAGCCCAAGCUCCCCGGGAGUCAGCACCCGUGCGUUCAGUCCAAUCAAGGUCCUCAGGACACAAGCUUCCCUGGAAGGCUCCAAGGUGAGACACUCCCCGCAGAGGCAGCUUCUCCCGCACGUCCAUCGCAGAAGCCCCUUGGCCAAGGCCUUCAGCACAGAAGAGGGCCCCAAGUGCCCGCCACUUUACAAGGCAAGAAACCAAGACAUGGUGUGCGAGGUGCCAUUUUGUUCUCAGCAGUUUGGGCAACAACAACUGCAGCAGCACCACCACCAAAAGCAACAACUACAGCAGCAGCAGCAGCAGCAGCAGCAGCAGCAACAACAACAACAACAACAACAACAACAACAACAACAACAACAGCAGCAGCAGCAGCAGACACAGCAGCAACAGCAACAACAACAACAACAACAACAACAACAGCAGCAACAGCAACAACAACAACAACAACAACAACAACAACUGAAGCAUCAGCUGCAACAGCAACAGCAGCGUGCCAAAAGUUCAAGUUGUCAAGACAUUCCAAGCAAACUUCCCACCACAGCGUCCAUCAAGGAGCUGGACCACUUCCUGUCAGCCAUCAUUGACAAUCUGGAGGCUCAGCUCCACCAGUCCGGAGGCAGCGCGGCCUUUGGUUCGCGCCAGAUCUCCCUGGAAGACUCAAGGAGAAGAAAGAAAAAGAAGAAAAUGGAGGAAGAGGUAGAUCUUGUCGGUAAACAAAAGGAAUCAAAAUCAGAGGAUGGGAAUGAGCAACAACAAAAGCAAAAGAAACAGGAACAAAGCCAAAAACAACAAGAACAGCAGCAGGAACCUCAACAACAACAACAACAACAACUGCAGCAGCAGCAGCAGGAGGAGAAGUUCGAGUUUGUGCCGAUGAAGAGUGGAGGGAUGAGCGAGUGUGGAGCGUGCGGGCGGCGCUGGGUGGAGCCUCGCCUUCUGCCUUGUCUCCACACCCUUUGUACGCCCUGCCUACAUACCCGAGCUACGCAGAUCACGCCGCCUGCCACCGCAUCCACCGCCACCGCCACCUCCAGGAACGAGCAGGCCACCCCGACCCCAGGCAGCAGGUGCGGCUCCAGGUCCUCGCAGGAACAUGAAAUUACUGCUGCCUCAUCGACCCCCAUCGCCAGCCCCACCCCGUCCCUGGCCCCUGAGGCUGACCCUGGGGAGAGAGCAGCCCCUUUGUGCAAUGGGAGCGUUACCACCACCAACGGAGCGAACUUCAGGGAUGAGAGACUGCCGACCUCCAUCACCUCACCCACCUCCCCAGAUCUCUAUGAAAGGUCCACAAUGUCGCCUCAGGAAAGCCAAGAGGCGCACGAGUCUGCCUCGAGAGAGCUGGACUCAGUCAUCGAGCUUCUGACGCAGCUGUCACCCACCUCGUGUAGCACUAGCCCCGUGCCCAAGCUGACCCUCACGCCCACACCCAGCGACGCCCCUGCCCAGCACGCCGCCAUGCAGGAUGAUGUGAUGUUGUCCCCGUCGAGCACUCUGGUCAGGUGCUCCUCCAGAACCAAGUCGAGUGGCAGGUCAUCCAGCUGUGACAGUAAAGGUCGGUCGGUGUGGGUGUUGUGGUGCCCCGAGUGUGGUUACGAGGCCGAGGUUCCUCCCGGGGGCGUGGAGUGCUUCCCUCUCAACUACGUCCUUCAGAAGCAGCUGGUCCUCGAAGCGCUCAACUCCUCCAGCACCAUCAUCUAUUGUGAUCUCUGCCAGGACGAGGUGGUGGCCGAGGAGCGUUGCGACACCUGCCCCGCCAACCUGUGUCACCUGUGCAGCAACUCCCACUCCCGCCAGCGACGCACCGCCCAUCACAAGGUGCUCUCCCUCCAGGAAGCGAGAAUUCACGGCAUCCGGGAGGUGGCCCACACUCUGGUCUGCUCCACCCACGGCGAGGGAGAGGUUGGGUGGUGGUGCCGCGGGUGUCAGGAGCCUCUGUGCGCAGCCUGUCUGGCCACCCUUCACUGUGGCCACCAGACCUCCACCGUGGAGCAGGCAGCGCCUCAAACCCGCAAGAACCUCUCCGACCUCCUGGAGCAGGCCACGGAAAGGAUGGGGGAGCUGCUCACCACAGUGGAGGACCUGACGAGUAGCGCCACGCGGGUGCAGCAGCGCGGCCACACCGUCAGUGAUCAGGUCAACACCUUCAUAGACGACUACAUCCUGGCACUGGAGGAGCACCGCCACACACUCCUCAAGCAGGUGCGGCAGGCGUGCGAACGAUCCCAGCGGAGCAUCGUCAUGGAGUCUCAGAAGGCGGGGCAGACGGCGGCGUGGCUGAGACAAGGCUGCGAUCUCACACACGACCUGCUGCACCACGCCGGCCACGCGGAGGUCCUCGCCCUGGCGCCGCUCCUCACACACAGACUCCAGACUCUAUUAAAGGAGAAAGUGGAGGGUUGGUCACAGUGGGAGAAACUGGACUUGCUACGUGAGCAUCGUGCUGGGAGAGUGCGAGGCCACAGACUGCAGGGUGUGAUCGCAGAUUCACCCGCACAUCCUGCCCAGUCCAGACUCAAGCCCUUGUGCGAGGUGGGCAGCGUCAGUGGGGCGCGGGUGGUGGCACUGCUUGUGGCUCGUGACCAGGACGGGCAGCCCAUCACCCACGGCGGGGAGACAGUGGCCGCCUCCUUCCUCACAGCUGACGCCUCCUCCACACUGUGUGGGUGCUCCGUGCGGGACCGCGAGGAUGGCUCCUACGAGAUCGUGUUUAGCCCUCCUGUGGCAGGAAGCGGCGUCCUGCACGUCACCUUGCAGGGAGAGCAUGUCAUGGGAAGCCCGCUGGAUAUAACCGUGAAGUCAGCCAAUGGGAGUGUCGGCGGCAGCAGCACCACCACUACCACUACCACCACCACAACCACUACAGCGAGCCCGGUGGAAGGAGGCCGGGAGGUGAGCGGAGGAGGAGGAGGAGGGGCAAGGGAGGGAUCAGGCGGGCCUCGGCAGCACACUGGUGUGUACCACUGCUGUGCCUUCUGCUCCAGCGGUGGGGACAAGAGCGCCACCUGUGCCUGCGGGGCAGCCAUUCACGGUUACAUGGGGUGCGGCCACAACCACAAGGGCCACCCGGGACAGAAGCACUGGUCCUGCUGUGCCCAGACGAGUCCCACGGCGGCGUGCACCAGACCGCUCUCCCAGUACUACCAGGUGACACUGUAACGCUCCACAGACGUGCUAUUCUUCAGUGCUUAACUCUGCAGUGUUUGGAGGAGUCUGCCUGUCACACCAACCGGCUACUUAAUAUUUAUGUCCUUCACCAUCAGUUGUGUAAAAUGGAUUCGAUUCAACUUGGCGUAUUUAUGAAACCCGAUCUCCUCAUACCUGCGUCCCCCAAGCACAGGCGGUGACGUGUGCUCGGAAGGACAGUAUGUUACAAAAGGACUGCUUGGUUUCAAUCUUUUGUGUCGUCUUUGUGAUUCAUCGGUUCCCGUGAUUUGUGUUAGUUCCAAUCAUUAUGAAUGUGGUGGACCCAAGCAGUGUGUUGUAGGCGUGUGUGUGCCGCUGAAGAACACGCUCACUCGGCCGGUGUUCUCGUCAAGCGGCAACCUUCAUGUAAGAGUAUCGGACAAUAACCACUCGUGUCACCUUUAAAACAACGUGUGGCAACCCUGCACUCAGAGAAAGCGUCGUGAUACAGUCUGACUUCUGUGGUGCUGUGGUCGCCUCUCGACGUGUUAAAGGAUUACGUCUUGAAGUGUUUAUCACUGUCGUGGAUCAUCCCUCUUCCCAUUUCAAGAGCUGAUUGCGGCUCCUUGGGCUGGCGUGGUCUCGAGCCAGACGGCUGGCCCUCUGUGCCUCUCUGUCGGUGUUGUGGCUUCAAGAUAAUAUUCAACAUUGAUGGAGAUAUAUUUUCGUUUAAUUUCCAGAGCCAAAGUACCAGAAUGUAUUUUGAUAUGAAACAACUGUAAGGAAAUGCUCAAUUCAGUAUACGCGGUGACUUGUUCGGAGGAGUGACUCAGCUCCACGCGCGACCACCUCACUGGUCACUGGUUUGCCGCACUCGCCGACCAACAGAAUUGGCCUGCUCCAAAUAUUCUGCCGAGCACCAGCCGCCACCCACUGAAUUCGGGGUGGUCAGGAUGCCACCGCCACCGUGAUGGUUGCGGCGAGGCGGUGGGCGACUCGCAGGCCAUCGGAAGUUGCUGGACAGGCUGACACAAUUCCAUUUCCUUUAUUUUUUCACGUGACGUAUUAAUUAUGAAUGUAUAUUGAAAGCUAUAUCUGUUUCAUGAUGAGUAAGAACGUUUACAUCAA